GCUACUGAGCAGACCGGUCUUCCCUCGCUCAUGCACCUCGCUCCGCUUCCUCUGCAACCAUGUCUGACAAACCCGAUAUGGCUGAGAUUGAGAAAUUCGAUAAGUCGAAAUUGAAGAAGACAGAAACACAAGAGAAAAAUCCACUGCCUUCAAAAGAAAUGAUUGAACAGGAGAAGCAAGCAGGCGAAUCGUAAUGAGGCUGCCCCUUUUCACAUCAAAGAAUGGAGAACUACUGACAACGAAGGCACCUGCCUCUCCCAUCUGCCUGUCUGGCUGGCAGGGAAGGAAAAGAACUUGCAUGUUGGUGAAGGAAGAAGCUGGGUGGGACGACAGGGAAAUGUAGAGUAAAAAAUCAAGCUGGUCCAAGGUGUCCUGCAGGCUGUAAAACGCAGUUUAAUCAGAGUGCCAUUUUUUUGUUCAAAUGAUUUUAAUUAUUGGAAUGCACAAUUUUUUUAAUAUGCAAUAAAAAGUUUUAAAACCUGAAAAAAAAAAAAAAA